CCUCGGGGGCGGGGCGAAGGGGAGGCCGGCCGUCAGGCGGGGCCAUCGCUGAGGGAAGGCCAGUCCCCGGGGACAGCUUGAGAGCGGCGUCCGACUGCUGCGUGGACACCUCCGCCUGGCUAAGCCUGGACGUCCGAAGCCUUCCCUCAAGACCUACUUCCCUCACUCCAGGUGGGGCUGACCUCACAUAUGCCGCUGCGGCCCCGCCUCCUCGGGGUCCCCGGACGGGUCGGCACCUCCCAGAAGGCCCCGCGGGCGGGCGCGCGGAGCGCCGGGAAACUACAGCGGCCAGGAUUCUGCGCGCCGUGGGGGCGGGGCUGCCCGGCGGCUGCGCCCGCGGACAGGAGAUGGCGGAGGCGCCGGGCUCGGGCCGCCGAUCGCGGUACAAAGCGGUGGGCUCGCCGCCGUGGAAGGAGGCUUUCCGGCAGGGAUGCCUGGAGAGAAUGAGAAACAGCCGGGACAGGCUCCUGAACAGAUACCGCCAGGCUGGAGGCAACAUGCCAAGGAGAGCUCAGAACCCCCUUCUGGUGCAGGAGGUGAUGGAAGAAGAGUGGAGCGCUCUGCGGGCCAGCGACAGCUGUCCAGAGGCCUUGACCCAGUUGGAGGAGCUGCUGGACCUGGCUGUGCUCGAGGAGAUCCAGCAGGAGCUGGCUGACCAAGAACAGUGCCUCCUCAGUGAGUACGAGAAGAGCCUGCAGUUCGACGAGUGCUGUCUCAGUGUCAUGCUGGCUGAGUGGGAGGCGAACCCCCUCAUCUGUCCUGUGUGCGUGAGGUUCAACCUGAGAGUGUCAGGCGGCGUGGUCACGUGUCCGUGUGGCCUGUCCCUCUCCUCGCACUCUCCAGGAUUGACGGAGCAAAAGCUUCGAGCCUGCUUAGAGGACAGCAUCAAUGAGCACGGUGCACACUGUCCGCACACGCCUGAGUUCUCCGUCACGGACGGGACAGAAGAAAAGCCCAGUCUUCUCAUGAGCUGUGUGGUUCAGGCGACAGAGCCUUACCUCCCCAUGAGGCCAUGAGAAGCCACCGGUGACCUGCGGGGAGGCUGUUCAGAGUCCGUGUCUGGGACCUGCUUCGAGCUCCUGGAGCAUGUGCCACUGUCCUGGGACUGCAGGGUGGGGUCCCGCGUGCAGACACCCCACCAAGGCCACCUCAUGAUGGCAUCUGAAUGGCACCCCUGCAUCCCUGCUGCUGAGACACAGAGAUGAUGUGUGUGACCGGGACUCUCUUCUGUCCAAAUCCAGGCUUGCGACACGUGGGCUGUGAUUCUCUAGUGCCGACCUCCACUCCCCGUUCUUCUGGGGCACACGACUCGCUCUGCCUGGGACAGGGCUCUGUAAAUACCAGCCUUUAACUUAUAUCGGAUUUUGUACUGAAACUCUGCUCUCGAUGUGUUGGGACACAGGCUGGAGGGGAAGAAUAGCAAAGACAACAGAGGAAAGCGCCCGAUUUUAUUGUCCAUUAUCACAUUAUGCAAUAAACGAGGGUAAAUGAGACUGCAAA